AUGCCAGGACGACGAAACGAGCGUGGUUCAGAUGAAGGAAAGAGAACAGAGACGCACAUUUCGCAGCCUUGUGGUGAGCCAGAACAUCUCUUUUCAGGCAGCAGUCUCCUCCAAGAGUUGCUGCUGGAUCUCGGUCUCACUGAUACUGCCAAGACAUUAGAGGAGGAGACCCGUCGGAGAAUGCAAUUAUUUGCUACUGCUUCACACGGUAAAGAUGAUGGAACUAGUGACCACGGGGAAUCUCACAGCUUGUCCCGCAACAAGAAUGACGGCAACGCCAGCUGUGGCCCAAAUAGGGCCAAUAUCUCAAUGAGGCCGAGUGGCAUCAACAAUAACCGUAACGGAAGUGGUGGGAAUGGAUGCCCCACAACUGCUGUGGUGAAUGAAGACAAUGUGCCCGGGCUUACGCCCGAGGUGCGGCCCACGGAUACGGCCAAUAUAAAUCUUUUUCGUUCCUUGGCGCACCGAAACGGGAGCAGAGGAAGCGGUGGCGAGUCAACGAAUUUAAGUGCCCUUCAUGACAUCUGUCGAAUGUCGAUUUCCCCCCUCGGUUUGGCUUUAGGCAGGUCUGCUGCCACUGAGGACAACGACAACGAUGACGAAGCAUCUGCCCUGACACCACUUCUUCAGAAGCUGCUCCGGGUGUUGCUGGGCGACGAAAACAGUACGAGUGAAAAUGGGGAGGGGAAAGGCAAGAUUCAAAAGCCCAUCACUCUGCCCUCAGCAUGGUCCUCCCUCACAGAUGUACUCUUUGCUUAUGUGGAGGUGCUCUGGGCACAGCUACGCCUGGUCGAAGCCGUGUCAUGUGCGGAAUUUGCGGCUCAAGGGUGGCUUCACCACCGGCACAAUAUUCUUAAGCGGCUUUCGCUUCUGCAAGAAAAGCUUCAGCGACUACUUCUAGAUGCGCAUCAGCUGGAGUACUCCACCACUAACGCUGGGCGACAUGCUACGUCGCACAACAAUACGACAGAGUCGCCCGAUUCGAGAAUAAAUGUGGGAAACUCAUCUUCACAAGCCUCCUGUGUGAAAGGAGGACUGCCGACAGCAACUGAAAUUAAAUGUGGUGCCUUUUCUAUGUUUUGUCGAGGUGCACCCACUUUCAGAAAGAAUAUUGAGGAGGUCUCAACGUGGAUCAUGAAACGAUGUGGUCGAUGCGUGCAGAUAAACGACGCAGAUUACCCUUCCAACAGAAGGGACACAGAGCCAAUCGCUUCCACUAAGGAUGAUGAAACAUCAAGUGCAGAGCAUCAUGAAGAAGUGUAUGGGAACUCUUCGAGAGAUUCAUGGAAGCGUUUUCUAUUCGUUGUGCGGCAAACAGCCCUUACUCGAAGUGAGGAUCUGUCGAGCCUUAAUCCAAACGAAAGUGGAUCAUUGCCUCUUCCUGACCCAAAACUGCGGUGGGCCCAGACAGUGCUUCGUAUACAGCUUCUUGGCUGGAUUGUGGGCUCUGUCGCGGAGUUCGCUGAUUUGUUGCAGCACCAGCACCGACACCAGCCUUGCAACUCAAAGGAAAGGUGCGAACACGAGGAGGCCAGAAACUCCAACAGUGAGCGUGGGGAGUUAGGGCGAAGUUCUUCUGUGGUGAGUGUUGUUCUAGGAUUUUGGUACCAGAAUUGUGCAGCUCAAAUUUACGAAAGAAUAGUUGCUUCUACGGGAAAGCGCAGUGGAUCUCCCGCCCGUCAUCAUUGCGUUUUCGAGGAUAAUGAAUCGUAUCGCCGUCGGCUACCACGCCCCCGUCGCACGGAGGCGGCAGAAGAAGAGCAGGCGAUUGGCCAGACCCUUUUGAGUGCGCUGAAGCAGGCGGCACACGAACUUCUGGCAGGCACACCGACAGAGAUGGAGCCGCAUCAAAUUUUUGUUUUAGGUGAUGACCUCCUUCAUGACACUGUUGCGGGCCCAAUAUCCAGCAACUGGACACAGAAGGGGAAGCUGACACGCUCCAUAGUCAAUGAAAGCAGUGACGUCCUUAUCUCUCUCUUGGGCGCGUUGGCUACAGGGAAGCCCUCCCAAGUGACUCUGUCCAGCAGACCACCAAGCGUCAGACUCCAUCGUCUCAUCAAGAAAGCCUUACGAAGACCCAAAAUUCUCCUUGAACUACAGGAUGACACUUUACCUUUGGACUACCAGCUGAUGGCCAUGGAUAAUUUAGCAGCACGGAUGUUGUUAUGCAAGAAAAAUGAGAAGCCCGGUGCACCAAAGGGACUUCCUGGCCGAAGGCGUAGUGAAAUUAAUUCAAGUGUUAGGGCACUGAAUGAGCCUUUCACUGUGCAUACAUAUGAGGGAGAGACAUGUGUUUCUGGAGAAGCUGCAGCGGCUGUACCAAGGCAGCAGCGAGGCCUCCCGGAGAGCGCCAGUAUUGGCUUUGACCCGCCAACUGCGAUGGGGGAAUUUGAUGAACCAACAGGUGGUAUAUUACCUGAUCUCCAGGAGCUGAUGCGUUUUGUGGUUCUCUCGGCGACUGAGUCCAUCUCUGCUGAGGACCCCACAGUAACAGGCCUUGAUGAGGAUGCAAGCUCGGCGGAUGUCAACUAUGACCGUCCAGGCGAUGAGGUGCUGAAUGAAGUGCAAGUCGUUGCCGUGACGCCAUGUGGAUCGUUAUUGGCGAUGUUGACUACAAAAGGACGUCUGGUGGUGUUCGCCCUGCGUGCUGCCUGUGCUAUAGACGGUGCUGCCGUUGGAGAGCAACAGCAGGAAUCCUUCUGCGAGCAGCGCAUUCUGGAUACUGUCCUGCUAAAGGGACAGAAAGAGUCUCACUGGUAUGAACAUAUUGCAUCCUUUCUUGCCUUCUCCCCGUGCGGGCGGUUUCUUCUCUGCUCGGUGCAAAAUGCACCGCCCUCUGUGCCGGAAGGAGAGGAAGCGAACCGCACCAUCCACGAGACCACAGGGAAAGUCUUCAUCUACUCCUUGCACUGUACGAAAAAUAGAGGAUAUACUGAGGUGCUUUCGCAGUCAAAAAACCGCAAAAGUAGCAGUAGCAUCGGUUGUGGUGAAGAUGAACGCCUCUAUGCUGUGUUUCGCAUUCACUCUUCACCCAUUACAAUUGCGCGUUGGCUGGACCCGCGCUUCUGGCGACGCAAGAAGUCAAUGUGUGCUCGCCAAUCAACGGAAGACAAUUACGGUUGGCGACAAGAAGCAAAUCGCCGCCUUGCAGAGCUUCAGUGUCUUUCUUCCGGCACAGACAAUCUUAUCCUUCGCUGGUCGCCCGCGGACGGAUCGAUUAUACAAACUAUUGCGACACUUCCGGUGCGCGAUAUAUUGGUCUCGUCUUUAAUGCAGGCAUUCUACACCAUUAAUCACUACGGGCAGCUUUCCAUGUAUGACGCAUGGAACGAGAACAAUAUCGGGAGCGUAAAAGACAACACAGUACGAAUAGCACAGCGUGGACUCCCUACCUCUCUCUCAACGAUCCAAUCGUCUACGGACAGUCGAGAGGAGGGUUCUUCCAACAAAACAACAGCACCCCUUGCAGAUGGUGAAAUGCAGAAUGAUUUCUUUGUGGGACCUCGUAUUAUUCGUUUUGAUCGACGUUACAUGACACAGGGAGGGGCUCAGCGCGAGCCUAUCGUCACACAAAUGUCGCGAGUGGUUCAGGAGAAGGGACUCCCAGCUGGAAUAGAGACGAGAGACGGAGAUCGUUUGGGUCGCCGUAUUCUGGAGCAUGUACUCUUUGAAGGAGGGGACCACUUCACUCCUCACACACAGGCUGUACUGGAGCUCUCAUCCGCCUCUGACGAUGACUAUAACGACAACGGUAGUGACGAUGCAGCGCGGCUUGGUCGUCGCCGUCACUCACAUAUGCGUCUGGACACCGAUGCUCAAACAAAUCCCAUUUCAUUUCUCCGGCUUCGUUAUCCGCGCUGCGAGAGAAACGCGUCCGCGACCUCUGCAUCGCUUGGUGAUGACUCCUUCUCUGGGGAAGCCAUCCUCUACCAGACAGGAUCGCGCUUGGUGUUUGAUGAAGUGGCCCAGGCGCUAUGCCACACGGCCUGUAUCUGGCCUUACACUAAGGAUUCCCGCUAUGCGCCUUCACCGCAGCCGUACCACCUGCUGUCCAUGGCGGCGUCUGGUUACCCUGUGUGGAACGAAGAAGAUGAUGCGGGAUCAUCGAUAUGCCAUGUGUGCCACACCAAUGAGCGCCGUGAAACUCCAUCAAGUUCACCACCUGCAUGCAGUUAUUACAGCGACGCCCUGAAACAUAGGGCCGAGCGCGGUGCCGCCCCCUCUGUCAGCAGCAACAACAAUAAUAUCAAGAGUGGUAUCGCUCCGCCGGGAGUGGGUCGAGCUCGAGGAAGUCAAAGUGUGCGUUGUACGUGUCGCCCGCCGCGCAAAAAUGCCGUGCUGCAGCCUACCGCCAGCAACGGGCGGUAUUUGUGUAUCAUGGCUUCCGUUGGGCCGUAUCGUGCGGUCGUUCAGUACGAUCAACCUCUUGAGUACCGUGCGGGAAUUUACGCCUGCGUUGUCUUUGAUGUACUUUACGGCAGCGUGCUGCGUGUGAUUCCUGUCUGCGCAACUUUGCCGCGUGCCGCGUUGACGGAGAAUGGUAUCGCUCUCUCCCAUUCGCACACCAAGAGAGCCCCGAUUUUCACGUUGCCGUGCUCUGUCACUGUUGUACGGCGAUCACAACAAGGAAGUGGCGGCAUGGGAGAGAGUGCUACUACUAUAAACAAAACACAGCCGGAAGAAGAUGAAGAAGAGGAAGAAAUCGAAAAAAAUGACAACGACGCUGUUGUUCUCGUUGCUGUUGGUGCGCUUCACAGCACAGUGCACGUUUUCAAUGCCCUUACAGGGUCCAGCGUCAAGGAGAUUGAUCUGCGAAGACAGAAGAUUUCAAGUGCUACCCACCCCACCGCUGAAGAGCGCCCACCGUCAAAGCGUGCACGCUGUUCUUAUGUUUCGUUGGGUGUACUUGACACCACUACCACCUGCUCAACGAGCGAGAACGAAAUAGACGCUGAUGGCCGAAGAAAACGCGAUGAUUUUGAAAGUAGCGAUGUCUCAAGCGUUACGCUGUCGCCAGCUUCCGAGGAUUUUCAUGGUAAUCAGCGUAUGGCGCUCAUCUGGCAGCUGGCAGAGAAGCAUGGAAUAAGCACAGUGCUUCAAUCUUCGGCGGCGAUGCUGCGUGUUGUGCCCUUACCAUUCUCUCCUUUCUGCAGCAAGCUUCUUCGAGAGGGCAGCAUGUGGCGCCCAAGUAAGAAGCAAUCAGGCUGCGGCGGGCAGCGGCAGUUGAGUGGUGGGUGUUGUAGUGCAGUGAAUGCAGCCUCAGCCUCGCGGUCAACACUUUUGCCGUGCCCCUCGUUUAUAGGCCAGAUGCAGUUGGCAGCAGGGGGUGCUGACCACACGGACGAUUUCCCGUCACGUGCAAGUCGUCGGGAUAGCGACACGGCGGCUAGGGCAGCGGCCUCACUAUGUUAUGACGAGCCGUUCGCGGUAAUAUCACAUUCGAAAAUGCGUCGUGCGAUGUCCGGCGAGGCGAAUAAAGAGCCGGAUACGAGAGCAACAGCAGCAUCAGUGGAAACGGUUUUAGAGGCGGGCGUCAACGCUUCUCCCGGUUUAGCAACAGCCCACCAUAACUCGGCCCGCUUUCGUUGCGGUGUGGUGAACAGUGUGGCGCUGUGCUGCGACCGCGUGAAGGGUGGCAUCUAUGUUUUUUCAGGCGACGAAUACGGAGGGUUUUUCAUCGCGGGUGGCCUUCUUUCACCGUUGGUGUGA